AUGGUUCACCUUGUUUCUUUCCACCAUGGAACGAGCCUCCAAGUAGUCCAAGUGAGGGGUUAUACCAUUAUAAGCGCCGCUGCGGGCAUCGAUCGGGAUUCUGCUCUGCCUCUUUCGUGCGAACGGUGUCUCGUAAUUAAGGACCUGCGAUCCGACGAGCAGAUAUAAGGACCUACGAAUUACAAUUCCGUUCCGGGAUUUUGGAUAUCAGAAAGAGUAGAGUUUCCACAAGCCGAUUUAUAAUAUGGAGAACGCAAACCAAGACUGUAAAUGUCAUGAUUUAUAUCAAAUUAUACACAAACUUAUUAAAGAUUUAGAUCCAAUUGUUUUAAACCGGCAAACUAUUAUAAAUAAUUUAGAACCAAUACUUGAAUUUUUCAGUACGUUUUCGAAUGAAGUUGUUCAAAUGGAUCCACACAAGGGCGAACUUAUAAAGCAACAAUCACUAGACAUUGUAAAUGAUCUAAAUGUAUUAAUUAAAAAUACAAAGCUAGAAAAAGAUAUACCAAAAUUCAAGAAAAUUAUGAAUAAGAAAUUUAUAUCUGAUGGCAGCUGUGGCGCGACGAAUUGCGUGUUGGCUUUUUACAAAAAUUUGGAAGAAUUAAAGGAUUAGAAGCGAUUCGUCACUUCUCAAAAGGCAAACCAUCACGAGUAAUUUUGCCGAAGAAAGUCACCUUCGAAGUCCGGAAACAACAAGUACAAUAAUGGGUCAUUCGGAUCACAAGAGGAAAUCUGCACGCUGACGAGUGUAUGGCACACGAGAAGACGCAUACAUAUUUUUAUACUUAAGAAUACUCAAAUGUGAUUAUGCAUGUGUAAAUAAAAUUUGUAUCAGAAUUA